AUGGCCCCAGCCGCCGUCUUCCCUGCCACCGACCAUUUCGCCAUGGGUGCCGAAGCGAACGUGUCCCGGAACUACUACUCGGCCGGGCUCCGCGCUCGCUUCCGUCUCGACGCCGACCGGCCGGUGGCACCGCCCGCCGGGGCGGUGAAGACGUACGCCGAUAUCGGCUACGACGUCGACGAGGCGGCGUUCCGGCGGCGCGCCGCAGCCCGCGUGGCCGCCGGGGGCCUGCAGACCUCGGUGCCCGAGGGCUGGCCGACCCGCCUCGAGGGGCCCCUGGUCUGGACUGGUGCCGACUUCGACGCCGACGAGGAAUCGGAGGCGCCGAGCUAUGUCUACUACCUGACGGAGCAGGAUAGGGCUGAGAUUGACGGUGCUUUGGAAUAUUUCCAUGCACAGGGACUCGACGGCAGCGAGGUCUCGCGCGCCAACUUCCCGCUGCCCAACUUGAGCCGGAAGCUCGAGGCCGUCUGCGCCGACGUCUACGAGGGUCGCGGGUUCGCCAUCGUUCGCGGGCUGGACCCUGACGCCUACACGGUUGAGGACUUGACCGUGGUGUACUUGGGCAUCUCGAGCUACAUCGGCGAGCGCCGUGGGAAGCAGGAUCAGCGCGGGUCCAUGCUCAUGCAUGUGAUCAAGAGGGAUGAUUCGGCGGAGGAUAGCGAGGAUAAGCCGUUCCAUACCGACACCGUCACCGACUGCCUCUGCCUCUUCACGCUCAACCUGGCCGAGACCGGCGGCCGCAGCGUGAUAUCCUCGGCAUGGACCGUCUACAACGAGUUGGCGGCAACUCGACCCGAUUUGAUCCACGUGCUGUCGGCCCCGGACUGGCCAUUUGAUACAUUCCGACGCAACCCGAGCUACUACACCCGCCCGAUCCUCUUCAACCACGACGGCAAGAUCAUCAUGUCCUUCUCGCGGCGCCUCCUCGUCGGGCACCCGCCCAAGGACGUGCGCACGCCGGGCAUCCCCGGGCUGACCGAGGCGCAGGCCGAGGCGCUCGACGCGGUGCACUUCGUCGCGCGCAAGCACGAGUUCAAGCCGGCCAUGGUGCGCGGCGACCUGCGCUUCAUCAACAACAUGGCCGUGCUGCACCGCCGCGAGGCCUUCACCAACGGCGCCGACGGCACGGCCGCGGCCACCCGCCACCUUGUCCGGCUCUGGCUGAAUAACCCGGCCCGGUGCUGGCCGCUGCCGCGCCCGCUGCGCAUCGCGUGGGCGCGCAUCUUUGAGGAUCCCGAGCGCGAGGAGCACUGGGAUAUUGAGCCGCCGAGGCUUAAUGGGAAGCUGCUUCGCGUCGCUGGGAGUUGCGAUUGA